AUGGAGCUCCCCAACUAUAGCCGGCAGCUGCUGCAGCAGCUCUACACGCUGUGCAAGGAGCAGCAGUUCUGUGACUGCACCAUUUCCAUUGGUUCCAUUUAUUUCAGGGCCCACAAACUCGUGCUGGCCGCUGCCAGCCUCCUGUUCAAAACCCUGCUGGACAACACAGACACCAUCUCCAUUGAUGCGUCUGUGGUGAGCCCGGAGGAGUUCGCCCUCUUGUUAGAAAUGAUGUAUACGGGCAAGCUCCCUGUGGGCAAGCACAACUUCUCCAAAAUCAUCUCUUUAGCCGACAGCCUGCAGAUGUUUGACGUGGCUGUCAGCUGUAAGAGUCUCCUCACCAGCCUUGUCAACUGCUCUGUGCAGGGUCAGGUGCUGAGGGAUGUCUCCAUGCCCCCCUCAGACGCACCCAGGAAGGAAUCGGAGAAGCCGGAAGUGGAAAUCCUGUCCUCAGAGGGUGCAGGGGAACUUCAUUCUUCCCCAGAGGGCUCUACCCCUGCGGGGGCCCCCAUGAGAGCUGAGAACCAGGAAGCCGUCCGAAUGGGUGCACCAGAGAUUAGUGUGGACUCUUCCACCACCCAGGAGAUUCAGGGGGACGCAGAGAUCCCCGUGGAGACCCCUCGUACCGCUGAAGUUGGUUCUCCCACCCCGGUUGUACAAGUCUUUAGUGAGGCGAAGGAGGCAAGCCCAGAACCAGAGUAUGAGAGGAAACAUUACCAGCUGAAUUUUCUUCUAGAAAAUGAAAAUAUCUUCUCAGAUGCACUCUUGGUUACCCAGGAUAUUUUUAAAAAACUAGAAGAAUGUUCAGAAAUUAAAGGUGCACAGAAGAAGACCAUCAUGGAAUGUCUUGAGGGUAAAGAAGGACAUUCAGCAUUCCGGAGAAUCCUGGAGAAAGUAAGAGAUGGGAGCCUGGAUGUUCAGGCUGUUGUGUACCUGCUGAGGCUGUACCAAGAUUCUAAUCCUGCAGUAAAGACAGCGCUGUUAGGCAGAAUGCCUGAAGAUGUGGAAGCAGUGCAGCCGAAAGGGAGCACAGAGGAGGGAAAGACCUUGUCUGUUCUGUUACUAGAACACAAAGAGGACCUGAUCCAGUGUGUAACGCAGCUGAGACCUAUUACGGAGUUCCUGGAAACAGCCAAGGAGGAAUUCCUGACUGGCGCUGAGAAAAGGGUGAUUCUGAAUUGCUGUGAGGGGGGAACACCCAAGGAGACAAUAGAAAAUUUGUUGCACAAAAUGUCUGAAGAGAAGACCCUGACUGCUGAGAGUCUGGUAAAACUCCUUCAGGCUGUGAAGAUGACAUUCCCAAACUUGGGCCUUCUGCUGGAGAAUUUGCAGAAACUAGCCCCUUUGCCGAGCACCACAGUCCAAGCAAGUCCUGAGGAUUAUGGGACUGAGUUAUUACGACGGUAUCACGAAAACCUCUGUGAAAUUUUCACAGACAACCAGAUGUUACUAGAAAUGAUCCCACCCAUGAAGAGGUUAGCCCCUGGAGAAAGAGAGGUCAUGGAGAAGCUUGUGAAACAUGACUCUGGUUCAGGUGGUUUCAGUUCUUUGAUGUCAGCUGUUCUAGAAAAGCAGACUCUCUCUGCAACAGCCCUUUGGCAACUGCUGCUGGUGGCUCAGGAGGCAAAGACCUGCCCAUUGAACCUGCUCAUGGAGGAAAUACGAAGGGAGCCUGGUGCUGAUGCUUUCUUCCGGGCAGUGACCAGCCCAGAAAAUGCUGCCUUAGAGACCAUCCUGAGGCAUCGCAAACUGAUCCUAGAGGCCAUCCAACACAGGCUUGAACUCAAGGGCUCUCCCUCAGGGGAGGAGCGCCGGGCAGAGACUGUGAAAGAGAUUCUGAGCAUUUCCUCUGAGACGGCCGACCCUGAAGCAUCCCUGAGAGCAGUGCUGAGCAGAGCCAUGGAAAAAGCCAUCUCGGCCAUGGAUAUAUGUCAUCUCCUGUGCAGUGUGCACAGAUCUUUCCCAGGCCUGCAGCCUGUCAUGCAGGAGUUGGCAUGUACUGGUUUCCUUAUUCAGGAAGACGGAGACAAGGAAAGGUGGGAGGUGUGUAACAAAUUUCACCUUGAAGCCAACAACAAAGCGGAUGAAAAGGCAGCGGAGCCAGCCGAAGAAAGGUGCCAGUCUGGAAAGCAGAACGAUCAAGGAGAGACUAGUUCCUUGCCAAAACAACAAGAGAAAGACACUUCUGCCUCCCCAGACUCUGCCAAGAAGAGCUUCAUCUGUAAGGCCUGUGACAAAAGCUUCCAUUUCUACUGCCGUCUCAAGGUGCACAUGAAGCGCUGCCGGGUGGCCAGGAGCAAACAGCUGCAGUGUAAGGAGUGUAACGAGACCAAGGAUUCUAAGAAAGAGCUGGAGAAACAUCAGCUGGAGGCCCAUGGUGCAGGUGGAGAGCCUGACGCCCCCAAGAAGAAGAAGAAGAGGCUUCCAGUGACAUGUGACCUCUGUGGAAGAGAAUUUGCUCAUGCUUCAGGCAUGCAGUACCACAAACUGACCGAGCACUUUGACGAGAAGCCCUUCUCCUGUGAAGAGUGUGGGGCAAAGUUUGCAGCCAAUUCUACCCUAAAGAAUCACCUUCGCCUCCACACUGGGGACCGGCCGUUCAUGUGCAAGCACUGCCUCAUGACGUUCACCCAGGCCUCUGCCCUGGCCUACCACACCAAGAAGAAGCACUCAGAAGGGAAAAUGUAUGCAUGCCAGUACUGUGAUGCUGUGUUUGCCCAGUCCAUCGAACUGUCCCGCCACGUGAGGACCCACACCGGGGACAAGCCAUAUGUCUGCAGGGACUGUGGCAAGGGCUUCCGGCAAGCCAAUGGCCUCUCCAUUCACCUGCACACCUUUCACAACAUAGAGGAUCCCUAUGACUGCAAGAAAUGCCGGAUGAGCUUCCCCACUCUGCAGGAUCACCGCAAGCACAUCCACGAGGUUCACUCCAAGGAGUACCACCCCUGCCCCACGUGCGGCAAGAUCUUCAGCGCCCCUUCCAUGCUGGAGCGGCACAUGGUAACCCACGUCGGAGGGAAGCCCUUCAGCUGCGGGAUCUGCAACAAGGCCUACCAGCAACUGUCUGGUCUGUGGUACCACAAUCGGACCCACCACCCUGAUGUGUUUGCUGCUCAGAACCAUCGAUCUGCUAAGUUCUCGUCACUCCAGUGCAGCUCCUGCGACAAAACCUUUUCCAACACCAUUGAACACAAGAAGCACAUCAAAGCAGAGCACGCAGAUAUGAAGUUCCACGAGUGUGACCAGUGUAAGGAGCUCUUCCCCACGCCAGCCUUGCUACAGGUUCACAUCAAGUGCCAGCAUUCAGGGUCGCAGCCGUUCAGGUGCUUGUACUGUGCGGCUACUUUCCGCUUCCCCGGGGCCCUGCAGCACCACGUCACCACGGAGCACUUCAAGCAAUCGGAGACCACCUUCCCCUGUGAGCUCUGUGGGGAGCUCUUCACCUCCCAGGCCCAGCUGGAGGGGCACUUGGAGUCAGAACACCCAAAGGUGACGGGCACUGAAACCCACGCAGCAGCCUCACAGGUCGUGCAGGUAAUCCAAACCCCGGAGCCGGCGGUCCCAACAGAGCAGGUGAUCACUUUGGAGGAGACCCAGCUUGCGGGUUCACAGGUAUUUGUGACGUUGCCAGAUUCGCAGACAUCUCAGACCAGCUCUGAGCUGGUGGCGGUGACCGUGGAGGACCUGCUGGAUGGCACGGUGACCCUGAUCUGCGGUGAGGCCAAGUGAGUGGCUUCCCAUCCGGGGAGGGCCCUGCAUUUGCAGAGGGAAUGCUUCACAGCUUGCUCGUGUCCUUCCACGCCUGGUCGUUCUGCGCAGUGAGCAUCUUAGCCUGGCACCCGCCGAAAUGGUCUCAUCUGGAAAACAGGAGUGAUGUCGUUGUAGUCACAGAACCAACAACGUGUGAAUCACCGAUCCCGACACCACCGCCCUCCAUUGCAGGCAGGCCUCCUUCCCCUCCCACAGGCCUGCUGCUGUGGCCUCCGUGACACGGUCCACCCCCUAGUGGCGGAUAGCCUCUGAAACAGAGUCUGAAAGAACAGUGGGAUAGGAGCUGGUGAGCAGGACAGCCGGAGAGGUGCGAUGUGCCGGCAGCCCUUAGUGUGCAGAAUGGCGGGAGUGGGACCGUGGCCUACAGACAGGGGCUGCAAACUCGGCCAGUGCCUUCUGGCCACUUAAAAAGGAGAAAAAAAACACCAGCAGACCACCUAAGGACCCCAGCCUUGAGCACACUUGGCCCCUUCCCCACUUGUAAAUGUCCUCCCAGCUGUUUCGCUCACCCAGGCCCCUUGUGGUGGCAACAGGCCGGAGCAGUGUUAAGCAGGAAGCCUCAUUCCCAUGCAGAGUCCCUCCUUGCCAGCACAGGCAGCCCUUGCAAAAUGAAGCCUUUGGCGUGUUUCUGCUGCAGCGUUCGUGUGAGACCAUCCAAUUGCAAGGACAGGCCCUGCCUUUCCAGGAUGUUCUUCACGGUGUUCACACCUGAAAGCUAGUUCCCGCAGCCUUUCCACGUCACGUUAUCCUCACCCCUUUCCCUCAUCAAAGGCUGCAGCUGCUACCCGAUCUGGAGGCCUUGCCCCUCCCUCCGGAGCACAUACUACAGCUAAGGACCCAGUGUCAGGUGGAGGGGCGCCUGCGACUG